GUAUUAGGCCUUCAUGACACCACAGAUAUAGUAUUUCGUAAUGACUUAUAUUUAUGCAUCAUAUUGACAACACAAAUAGCCUAAGCUUCUCAUUAUGCAAAGUAUUCAAAGCAGACCCAGAGAAGCAUUUGAACCUGUAACUGGUUCAAUCUUCUCUUGAGUGCCAUUGUUUGUUUUUCAGAGCUAGUACCUUGUCCACUACUUGUUAUAAGUAAACUAACUUUAUGCAGGGGACAAACACGUCAACCUGUCAAUUAAAAUAAUUAUGCAUUGGGCAAUAUUUUUGCCGUUGGUCUCUAGACGAGCGCCCUCAUCAAUCACCCCCAAUCGUGUCAAAUUGGGCAGCCUCGUCUCGUGCGGGCAGUCUUCCAGCUGAGAGGAGAGGGAAUACAUCAUCAUUAAUUUGCGCGUGACCCUGGGGCUGUUCACACGACUGAGCCAGAAUUCUCCAUGCAGCUCAGCUUGACAAAGACACCUAUCAUCAACCAGACGAACUCGUGCUAGCUCAUUACAUAUAUUACAGACUCGAGUGACUUCCAAUGACAUCUGACGUUCAAGCUUUAAUUACUUCCAUACCUGUUAAUACCUCUUGGCUUCGUUUGAUGAUUAUAAAACUAAAUAAAUCGUUGCAGGACGCAGGACUGUAUCCUUGUCUUUGUAGACUACUACUGCGUUGGUGUCAACUGAAUUUAUGACUAUUUUUGUGUUUGUAAAAGGCCAGGAAAAAUAAAAAUUUUAAAGACAAUAUGUUUCCAGUCCCACAAUGAAUCAAAAUGCAAUGUGUCUGCAAAGGAUUUAGUGUUACCUCGAUGCUUUUUAACCUGUGGGUCUACGUCUAUCACCUUGGUGUACUGCAGUAUAACUACAGUAACGACAUAACUUGAACUCUGAAAUGAUUCCCAUGUUCCCCUAAAGUAGUUCCCUUGUUGAAUUUCUAUGCAGAGACCGGGAUGAUGAAGCUACAGUCCGGUCAUUUUAUGCCAGUGUCACUUAUACGUAAACAGAGUGGGAAUCUAUGCUUAUAGGUUAUACUGUCCUUUUUUAAUGUAAAAGCGUGAAAUCUAUUUUGAAAACCACAGUGAAUCUUAUGAGUAAAUGUAUUGAAAACAAUUUUUAUAAUGUGUUGGCUGUAUAUCAAAGAUGAACCGGUACUUUUUUCUCUUUUUUUGAAAAUCGCUGGGGAAGCAAUUUCUGGAAUUAAACAUGGGACUGUGCUUCGUCCUAUAAGGAUCUAGGAGUCUGUUCUUACCAAUCAAUUGGCAGCCUACAGUAAAACACAGGGAGGUGGCAGUAGUGUGGAGACCUGCAGUCUUGCAUUAUUUCUAGAUAUUGGGAUCUCUCUACAAUGUCAUAUCCACAGCUGGGAUAUCAUUACUCGUCUGCACCGCAGUUCCUAAUGGCCACCAAUUCUUUGACGACUUGCUGCGAAUCAAGUGGCAGAACUCUUGCGGAGACCGGGGUGGCCGCCUCUUCUCAAACGUCAGUUUAUUGUCCUGUUUACGAGAGUCGCCUUUUGGCCACCGCCAGGCACGAGCUGAACCCUGCAGCCACUAUGGGUGUUUAUGGGAAUCCGUAUACCACCAGCCAGUGCUAUGGAAACUAUGUAACUUAUGGCGCAGAUGCAUCCGCUUUUUAUUCCCUGAGUACAUUUGACUCCAAAGACGGAUCAGCAUCUGCGCAUGCGGGGAUCACUCAAGCUGCUGCUUACUAUCCCUAUGACGCUACUUUGGGGCAGUAUCAAUAUGACAGAUAUGGAUCAAUGGAUGGGGGGACACGGAGAAAAAACGCCACCCGCGAAACAACAAGUACGUUAAAAGCUUGGCUGCAGGAGCAUAAGAAAAACCCUUACCCAACCAAAGGAGAAAAGAUCAUGCUGGCUAUCAUCACUAAGAUGACCCUCACGCAGGUCUCCACCUGGUUCGCGAAUGCCAGGCGGAGAUUAAAGAAGGAGAAUAAGAUGACUUGGCCUCCGCGAACCAAAAGUUCUGAUGAGAAAGGCUAUGAUGAUGAUGCGGACGAGGAGACUUCCGAAGAACAACGUAUAAAAAGUGAACAGGAAGACCACGAGAAUCGAAGUACGAAAGAUAAGGAUCUACAACUGAGUGAUCUGGAUGAUAUCGGUUCUAUUGAGUCAGAGACUUCAGAAUGCGAGCUAAAGCCUCCAUGUCAUGUGUCAACCCGCAUGUGGACAACGGAUUGUCGGAAUGAUCAUCCCAAAGGACCAUCCAUUCAAGUUAAUCUCGGAGGUGUAGAGGAGUUGUCCAAAAACUGUUUGCGAACGGCCCCGGAGGACUGUGAACACAUUGCAGCCAAGGCCAGGUCAGCGAAGACAUUCUAUCAACAAGAUCACCAAAUACCAGCCAGUAAACCAAAAAUAUGGUCCCUUGCGCAAACUGCAACGUCUUUGAACCAAGCCGAGUAUCCCUCCUGCAUGCACAAAGGCCAGCCGAUGGCACCCUCCUCUCCAGGGUUUUCCUCAACUGCAGUGAUGGAAAGACAACAGGAUUCGCCUGUCGCCACUCUUAGAAACUGGGUAGACGGGGUCUUCCACGACCCAUUAUUUCGACACAACACUUUGAAUCAGGCAUUGGCUAAUACUACAGUAUCUUGGGCCGGGACCAAAGGUGCCAUACUGGAGACAGGCGCGCUCGCGAGUUCUGUUGGAAACAACGAGACUAAGGAACACAUAACUUAUUUACAGCACAAGGACUCGAAUAAAGACAGAAUGGUAUUCCCCAAAUCGGGAAGCAAAAUAUUCUGCUCCUAACAAGCCAAAAUCUCAUAUUAAGUGCUUGGGAAUGCUCUGGGAUGUAAUCUGUUGCUUGAGGAGUAACCUUUUUUAAAUGUGUGCUUUAAUAUGAUUCACAGAUGUUUGAACACGCAUUACUGCUUCUAUUGCCAUUGGAUUCAAACGUCACUAAAGUUGUAUCGGCAUUUUAUUUUUGAGACUUAUAGACAGGGUCAAUAUGAGGGUAUUCAUUUUGUUCAAACGCACGUGCAAUUUACGUAAAGGUAUAUGGUAAAAUUGAAAUUUACAUGUGAAAGGAGGCAUGUUGUUUUAAAGCUGUCACGUUUUGCAAAUGAUUUAUGGAUAUCACAGCUGUAAAAUAUUACACAACUGCACAAAUGUCCAAAGCAAGAAGGAUGUGUCUAUGAUUUGUAACCUGAAAUAAACUGUAACCUUUUGGAAGAA